UUAUGGUUCCCACCCAUGAGUAGCGACGAUUCAUCCGAUAGUAGCAUUCUUUUUUUUUCAAAAUCUCAUCGAAGAAGCCGAACUUCAAGAUACCGGCACAUCUAACCGAAGGAGAUAUAUUGAACGUCAACGUGAGGAGGGGCAUGAGACACUCAUGGCGGAUUAUUUUGUCGAAGACCCGAAGUACAACGAAGAUAUCUUUCGGCAUAGGUUCCGUAUGUCGAAACGUUUGUUUCUAAAAAUUGUGGCCGAUGGGGAAGAGAACGACCCGUGGUUUGUAGAGGCCCCCGAUGCGCGAGGUAAGAAGGGCUUUACGCCCUUGCAAAAGGUGACAUCGGCUAUUAAACAGCUCGCAACUGGAAACACUCCAGACGAGAACGAUGAGUACUUCCAUAUGGCCGAAAGAACUUCCCGCGAGUGCCUAGAAUAUUUUUGUGACACGGUUUGCAAAAUAUACGGUCCAGAGUUCUUACGUAAACCGACAAGCCACGACAUGGCACUUUUAUACCAAGCUCAUGAGGAAAAACAUCACCUUCCAGGUAUGUUCGGUAGCCUUGAUUGCACCCAUUUCGUUUGGCGUUUUUGUCCGACAGAGAAAUUCAAGAGGCAACAUGAGGCGGCAAGAAAAGACGUCGAACGGGCUUUUGGUGUUUUGAAGGCGAAAUGGGGUGUAUUGAGUCGACCGAUGCUGUAA